AAAACAUUUAGUCAGUAGUGUCGGUGAGGACUAUCUAAAGAGGACAGUCGUAUAGUUUUUGUUUGUUGUUGAAAAUAAUAAAUUAUUUUUAUACUAAGUUAUCAUUUGUAAUAAUAAUACAAAACAAUUAGUUUAACCAAAAAAAAAAAAAUAAAUCAUGUCAUCAACACUUGAACAACGAAAACAACGGUUACUCCGAUUCAAGGGUGCGAUGGCUGCUGUCAUAACACCCUUUGAUCGGAAAGGUGAAUUAGACGUCUCGCAGAUCGACCAAUACGUUAAGUUUUUGGUGGACAACAAAGUGGACGGCGUCUACAUUAUCGGCACUACCGGCGAAGGCUAUAACCUGACAAACGAUGAACGCCUGACAGUAGCCAAAGCCUGGCGCCGGGCGCUGGACAGCCAAAAGGCCGACCUGUUGGCAGUGGUCAACGUUAGCUCCUAUUGCGCUAAAGAGGCCCAAUUGUUGGCCAAACAAGUCGAUAGUCUAGGUUUUGAUGCCAUUGCCGUAUUGCCGGCCAAUUACUAUCGGCCGGCAAACAUCCAGGAAUGGGUAGACUAUCUGAAACUGUUUUGCAGAUCGGCGCCCAAUACACCGUUACUCUACUAUCAUAUACCGUCGAUGAUCGGCGAGUUUAAUUUUGAUAUCGUCGACGCUAUCGGUGAAGGUAUCAAACAGAUACCACAGUUGGCAGCAAUGAAGUUUACGGACAACAAUGUCGUACGGUUUACACUCAUCCAGAAGCGGUACAGCCAUUGCUUCAAAGUAUUGAUCGGUUUCGAUGAGAUGCUAUUGACGGCACUGACAUCAUUGGCCUGCGAUGCCGGUAUCUGUGCGCUAUUCAACUUACCGGAAGUAGUUGAUGCCUACAAAAAACUUGUCGCACACGUUGACCGAUCAGAUCUGGACAGUGCCCGACGGGAACAGUCGGCAAUUGUCGAUGAAUGUGUCAAACAUAAGACUAGUGGCAACUUUUUCCUGUCGAUUAAGCAAACGUUUAACUCGAUUGUCAAACCCCUGGGCCUUGAUUUUGGUUAUCCUCGACCACCCAUUUCCUAUCAUUACAAUUGGUUAUAAAAUUUAAAUAAAUAAUGUUUUUUGAAUGAUUUCAAAAAAUG